UCAGCCGGUGCAGCGUCACGGCUUCCGUAGCUGUUGAGCUAAAGCGAAACAGUCUUCAUGAUGCCCUCCGUCCCUGCCGCCGGUGUUAUUUUACUAAUAACUUGGAUUUAUCCUUGUUACUCGCUUUAUUUCCACAUAGGAGAGACGGAGAAAAAAUGCUUCAUUGAAGAAAUUCCAGACGAGACCAUGGUUAUUGGAAAGUACAGGACUCAGCUGUGGGACAAACAGACCAGCUCCUUCCUCCCGUCCACCCCCGGCCUCGGGAUGCACGUUGAGAUCAAGGAUCCAGACACAAAGAUCAUCCUGUCUCGUCAGUACGGGUCAGACGGACGUUUCACGUUUACCUCCCACACUCCUGGAGAACAUCAGAUCUGUUUGCACUCCAACUCCACCAAGAUGGCUCUGUUUGCAGGAGGAAAACUGAGGGUGCAUCUGGACAUUCAGGUCGGGGAACAUACCAACAACUAUCCUGAAAUCGCGGCGAAGGACAAACUGACCGAGCUGCAGCUGAGAGUCCGACAACUUCUGGACCAAGUGGAACAGAUUCAGAAGGAGCAAAACUACCAGAGGUAUCGCGAGGAGCGUUUCCGCAUGACGAGCGAGAGCACGAACCAGCGCGUCCUCUGGUGGUCCAUCGCUCAGACGCUCAUCCUCAUCGUCACCGGCGUCUGGCAGAUGAAGCACCUGAAGAGCUUCUUCGAGGCCAAGAAACUGGUUUGAUGGAGACGACACAAAACACGAGGAGACUCAGCCUCAGCCUCAGACAACAUCCAGCAACUUUCAGCCACAAAUGGUACAAACACAUCCACAGAUCCACCGACUCAUCCCGUUUGCUUUCUGCAGGUUUUUUCCACGUUCCUGUUGUUCUUGUUGUUGUGUUUUCUUUUCGUGAACGACCGAAGCAUGAGAAUGUUAAAGCUGUUACAAGUAAAUCAUUCAUUCUUGUUUUUAUUUUGUUUGCACAGUUUUAUUUUUUCAGGCUUUGUAAAUUGUAGCAUCGACAUUAACCCUCAUGUUUGGAAUCUGUGAGCAGCGUAAGGACCCGUAACACGAGGUUAAUAGGAAAUGGUCCUGAAAUAAUCCUGAAUUGUUAAUCAAUGAUUAAUAGCACCAAAAAAAAAAAAAAAAAAAGCUAAAAUAUAUCAAAUUUUCAUUAACAUCUGAUCUCACUUGUCCAACUUUAACCUCCUGAGACCUGAGCUUUUAUUUCGUCUGCUUUUUUUAAUUUCUCCGAGGUAUUUGGGAUCAGUCGGACCUAACGCGUGUAAAAACCAAACAUCAUCUUUGAACAGGAAGUAGUAGUGUUUGAAAAAAGCGAAGUCCUCAUAUGUGGACACUGGUAUUACUUCAUUAUUUAUAUAUAAGAAGUCAAAAUAUGAAAUUUUAAUAUCUGAACAUGGCUGAGCAAAGACAGAAUUGCAUUUCCUCAAACGAGUAUUCGCUAAUUAGCAAAAAAUUUGAUGUGACAAUUUGUUCAGUUUGUCACAUCAAACUAGAAACGUCAGUAACGUUAGCAUAAAUAAAGAAGUUUUUACCUUUGCUACCACUAGAUGGCAGACUAACGCGUCCACUCAUGAGGACGAUUUAAAUGAAGCAGAAUAAGCUGCAAUAAAACCCAAAAAUGAACGUCCCCAUAUGAGGACACUGGGUCUCAGGAGGGUAAAUCGUCUUCGUCUUCAUCAAAUCUGGUCUUAAUUAAUUAAUUAAUUAAUUAAUUUAUAGAGAUCUGGGCUCCGUUUCAGACUGAAAGCAGGUCUAAGGGGAAAACCCCGAGUUACUCAACCCAGAGAUGGGGGAAAGUCCGCUUUUUCGGUUUCACAAAGCCAGUGCGGCGCAACUCUGGGUCAGUUCCCAUGGCAACACACUCUGUGACACUAACCUGGACUCUAGAAAUCAGAUCAGCGCUCACACCCGGAGUCCAGAGGCCAGAUCAUGCAGCACUGUGCAAACUUUGAGUCAGCAUUAAGAAAUUAUUUAAAAGUAUUCAUAAAAAAAAAAAAAGAAACGAGCUACAAUGUCACAAAUGAGCAAAUGUUCAUUUGAGGAUGUUGAGACACAGUCAUGUUCAGGUAUAAAAAAAAAUCAUUUUUAUAUUUUGUUUUACAUUGGUGACUUAAAAAUAAUGAAAUAAUCCCAGUGUCCACAUAUGAGGACAUUGUAUUUUGUCAAAAACUACUACUUCCUGUUCAAAUUUGCUUCUUAGUUUGUUUGUUUUUUUCCCCCUUUGGUCCCAGAAGUUAAAAUUGUACAUCAAACAAAAGCUCAAGUCUCAGGAUGUUAAAAAUGUCUUAUUUUACAAAAAUGUUAAUUUCAUAAAAGUCCUGAAAGUAGAAAACGAGAAGAUUUGCCCCUUGAAAUUAACUCGCACCUCUCAGAUAUGUAAUAUUGUCUCACUUUGCUUUACAAACAAAUGCGCAAAAGUAUAAUAUUUAACUUUUCCCAUGUUUGAUCGGGUUCUCGUUGUCGACUUUCAGGACUUUAAGUGUGAAACUGCUGAUGUAUCGAGUCAUUUUGAUGCUGAAAUGUAGGAAAACUGUAGUUCUCAGCUCACCAGAUAUGUCUGUACAUCCAGUUUGUGAUAAUAACAACUGGACUCUGUGUUGUAAAUCAGUGGUUCUCAACCUUUUUGAGGGUCCUGGACCCUCUGCAUAUUUUUGAUCUACCUUGAGGGACCCUCCCUCAUCCUCAGGGUAGGUCAAGAAUUAGCUUAAUUUCAAGCGCUAACCUGAACAACGUCCUGCAGACAUUUCACAAUAAGAGCAUUAUUAAGAAAUGAAUGGUGCGGUAGCCUGGGAGCAAGAUCUCUUCAAAUUACACUUGUAAUGAAACAGAUGUAAUUAGAGAAAGUCACAGUCACAUUUAAGUAAAAUAAACCUAUUUCUAUAAAUCUUUUUUAAAGGAUUUUAUUUUCUUGCAGUUCCACCUCUGGCCACUAGGGGUCUGCGGCUCCGCGGUUGAGAAUCACUGCUGUAAAUAAGCUGCAGCUCGUUAACUUUUCUCUUUUCUAACAACUUUUACACGGAGUGAAUGACAGAAAAAGUCUCUCUCCAGGUGUGUUUGUUCCGUCUGAACUUAUUUAUUGAGCAGUUUUAUUAUUGCAGGCCGGUGUUUGGUCCUGGAUCCAUGUGUCUGUGCUGAACAUUGUUUUUAAUUCAUUCAUGUGGGAAAUAUUAAAGAGGUUUUAAGUUCGGGUUUGAGUCCAGAUCAGACGCUAAGUUAUCUUUUUAAAUGAUAAUUCCUUUUUACCGUGGUUUGGAUGUGACCUCCUUGUGCUUAAUAAAGAUACCGAACCCAAA